CGGCCGCUCUUUUCCUCCCGAACCCGCCAAGCCCACCCGCUCCUGCAACGCGGCCGCCUCGGCUCCGCUUUUCUCCUGCAGGGAGCUGAGUGCGCUCGGCCGAGGAGGGGCCGCGCCGGCCGCGGGGCCCAGCCCUUCCCGCCGCGCCCGGGACCGCCCUUCUCUCCGGAGCCAGCUGAUUGAUGGCCCCGGCCGCUCGCGCCCCCCGCCCCGGCUCGCCCGAGAGCUCUGCUGUGUGUUUUGGAAGCGGCGCAACGGGCCGCGGCCGUGUGACGCCCGGAGCGCCCCGGGAGGCUUGCAGAGCGAGCGGCGCCGGCGUCAUGUGACUGCCCGGAGUUGGUGCCAGGAGCCAGAGGGGAGCCAGGAGCGGAGCCGCGCGGAGCCAGGGCCCGAGCCGGAGCGCAGCGAGAGCGCCCGCCGCACGCGCGCCCGUCCCCGUCCCCUGCGGCCGCCGCCGCCAACGCCGCCCGAACUGGAGCCCUGACAUUACUGCGCUUGAGGGGCUCUAGGCAGCCCGGAUCCGGGCCUUUAUUUCUCGUCGGCGGCGCCCCGCACCGCGCCUCGCAAAGCCAUACACCAGAGCACCCUAGAAGGUUUAACUAAAAGAAUGCUCAUGUUUGACCCAGUUCCUGUCAAGCAAGAGGCCAUGGACCCUGUCUCAGUGUCAUACCCAUCGAAUUACAUGGAAUCCAUGAAGCCCAACAAGUACGGGGUCAUCUACUCCACACCUUUGCCUGAUAAGUUCUUUCAGACCCCAGAAGGCCUGUCGCACGGAAUACAGAUGGAGCCAGUGGACCUCACGGUGAACAAGCGGAGUUCACCCCCUUCGUCGGCUGGGAAUUCACCCUCCUCUCUGAAGUUCCCGUCCUCACACCGGAGAGCCUCGCCUGGAUUGAGCAUGCCUUCUUCUAGCCCACCGAUAAAAAAAUACUCACCCCCUUCUCCAGGCGUGCAGCCCUUCGGCGUGCCACUGUCCAUGCCGCCGGUGAUGGCAGCUGCCCUCUCGCGCCACGGAAUACGGAGCCCGGGGAUCCUGCCUGUCAUCCAGCCAGUGGUGGUGCAGCCCGUCCCCUUUAUGUACACAAGUCACCUCCAGCAGCCUCUCAUGGUCUCCUUGUCAGAAGAGAUGGAAAAUUCCAGCAGUAGCAUGCAAGUACCUGUAAUUGAAUCAUAUGAGAAGCCUACAUCACAGAAAAAAAUUAAAAUAGAACCUGGGAUCGAACCACAGAGGACAGAUUAUUAUCCUGAAGAAAUGUCACCCCCCUUAAUGAACUCAGUGUCCCCCCCGCAAGCAUUGUUGCAAGAGAAUCACCCUUCGGUCAUCGUGCAGCCUGGGAAGAGACCUUUACCUGUGGAAUCCCCGGAUACUCAAAGGAAACGGAGGAUACACAGAUGUGAUUAUGAUGGAUGCAACAAAGUGUACACUAAAAGCUCCCACUUGAAAGCACACAGAAGAACACACACAGGAGAAAAACCAUACAAGUGUACAUGGGAAGGAUGCACGUGGAAGUUUGCUCGGUCUGAUGAACUAACAAGACAUUUCCGAAAACACACUGGAAUCAAACCUUUCCAGUGCCCGGACUGUGACCGCAGCUUCUCCCGUUCUGACCAUCUUGCCCUUCAUAGGAAACGCCACAUGCUAGUCUGAAUGCCCCUGUGUCCUGCCUCAGCGUGACUCCCCACUCACCUGGCUCUCUCUCUCUCCUGCCUCCCAUUAUCUAACACAUUUUUUACAUGUACAUUUUAAUUUGAUUCAGCUGGUCUGAAUCUCUGGAUUUAUAUCAUUCAAAACUUCCAUAUGGUCAGUAGUAGAUGUUCCCUAAUCCUCCCUCUCCUUACCACGGGUCAGACCUAAAGAAUGUGAACACUUUUUUUUUUUUUUUUUCUGGGGAUGCUAAGCAAACCCUUCUUAUAGAUACGUUUAAUGUAAUAAGAACAAGGGAACAUGUAAACUAACAUAACCAAUUGUCAGUUCUCCAUGUAUUCCUCAAAAGAAUGUCAGAGUAAAUGUAUUAGAAAUACAGUAUCCAGACUGCUAGUCCUUGCCAGAGACAUUCUUACCUCUGCCCUGUGCUAAUUAUUUUAUGCUUGACAGUGAAAAGAAGGGUGGCCCCUUGCACCGGUUAGCUAGAAAGAAGUACAGCAAGAUUUCAGUCUAGCGCAGUCACCGCUUCCGUCACCCUUCACAUAUCUUUGUCAACCUGGAUCUUAGACUUCAGCUGAAUUGAGUUCUUUGCCCUCUUUUGUGACUGCAGCUCAUAUGGAGGUCUUUGCCACCAAUGGGAGAUGAGCCCAGGCUUUCGAUGUGGGCAGAUGAUGUGUAGAGUUCAAGGGAAGGGUGCUGUGCUUUCAUAGCACGGAGUUGGAGCAGAGGGCCAAUGAGCAGGGGGAGCAGAAGAGGCAAUUCCUCCUGGGCUGGGGGUUGUCAGUGUGGUUUCAACAUUUAGUUAGCUGUGCGCAGCAUUCCCAGAGCUUCAGGUUCUGCAUACUCAGCUUUGCAGAACCCUGCUGCAAAGCCAUACACCGAUGGGGUUAUCCAUGCAACUGUCUCCAUUCCUACAAUGUCCUUAACAUGAGGUCAUCAAACAUCAAUAGUAGGGACUCCAUGGAAUAUUUGCCCAGUAAUGGUAAGACACGAUGGUUCUUCUUUUACCCAAUCUGCUUAGAGCUUUUUUGUGUAAACAGGGAAAUGUUGAGUGGUACUUGUAUUCCCUUAUCAAAUUAAUCACAUAGCUUUUAUACAGAAACUCUUCUGUGUGAGCUGUAAGGUGCCAAAUUGACUGUCAUUUGUAUUCAUGACGCAUACCGUAAAGCAUCUGCUAAUGCUUUAAUAGAUUGAUUUAAUUAAGACCUGAGCGACCCUAUUUGUAAAUAUAACUAGUUGUGAAGCACACAUACCUUUAUUUUGGGAAUUUAUGAAAAAAUAUAGAAAACCACAGAUCAGGGAUUCAUAUAUGUAGCUCAAAAAUUCCCAAAAGUUUACUGUUAGAGCUGGCAAUUUUCUAUCACUAUUUUAGUGUCAGAAGAAACUGAAAAUGGCUCGCGUUUAUGUUGAAGAUAAAUAGCACCAUUUAUUGGGGGAAGUUAUUCAAAAGCAGGCUUUUGAGCAUCAUAGUCUAAAAUAAAAAUAAUUCAUACAUAGAAA